GUAAUUGGAAAUCUGCUUAGGCUAACAAAGCUGGACAAGGACCGGAUAACAUCUUCCGAACGGGCUGAAGCCAAGGAAUUCCAAGAGGCUAAUACAGGUGAAGAUGAGGCAGAAGAGGAAGAUCUGCAGGAGACGGAAGAUAAAGAAGAGCCCGCUAAUCCGGAUGACCUUGAAGAAAUUGAUGCUGAAGGAAAUGUGACUGAGUGA